CUCAUUCACAGUCCCAUGGAGCAUCCCAUUGAGCAAACCACACUACCCGGCAGCACCGUUCUACAGAUCGCUGCAACAUGGCUACGCGAGUUCAGCACGGCCUUGUAUGCGCUGGACGCCGAUGCGGUUGCGCGUACAUUCCUGCCUGACGGCUGGCUCCGCGACUCGCUGACCUUCACCUGGAACAAUCGUGCGCUACACGGGCGGAGGAAGAUUGCGACAUUCCUCGUAGAUACGCUUCCAUUUAACCCUGUCUCGAACGUGACUUUCGACGACGACCCGCACCUUGCGCCAACGUACCACUCUGGCACCGUCGAGUUCGGAUUCAAGUAUCACACGCCGAUUGCCUGGGGGCGGGGGCACGCACGGCUCGUUCGAGGCGCGACCGGACGGUGGGAGGCGUUGACAGCGAGUACGAUUAUUCUUGACCUGAAGGGGCAUGAAGAGCCUGUGGGUGGGGUGGACUGGGAGGAACAGGCGGAGGAGCGAACCUGGGGGCAACUUCAAGCGGACCUAAAAGCGAAGGCAGGGUCAAAUCCGACUGUAUUGAUUGUGGGCAGUGGGCAGAGCGGCCUGCAAGUUGCCGCGCGGUUCAAGCAGAUGGGCAUUCCGACGCUGCUCAUCGAACGUAAUGCGCGCAUUGGCGACAACUGGCGAAAACGUUACUCGAGCCUUGCGCUGCACACGCCCAAGGAGCAUCAUCAGUUGCUGUACCAGCCUUAUCCGUCGAACUGGCCCCUGUAUACACCCCGGGACAAGCUUGCGAACUGGCUGGAGGCGUACGCAGACAACCAAGACCUGCUAGUAUGGACGAGCACCAGCAUCCGUGGACGGCCCGUGUACGAUUCGGACCGAGGGCGAUGGCGCCUCACAGUUGAGCGCGCGGGGGACAUCGUGACGGUCACGCCCGCACACAUCAUCAUGGCAACGGGCGUCCUUGGCGAGCCGAACAUCCCCGUUUUCGCGGGCCGAGAGCGCUUCCCCGGCGCGGUGCUGCACACGACGGAGUACAUGGACGCCGCGCCGUUCGCGGGCAAGCGUGUCGUUGUCGUCGGUGCGGGUAACACUGCCAUCGACGUCUGCCAAGACCUCGUAGGCGCUCGGGCGGCGUCGGUGACCAUGGUACAGCGCUCCGCGACGUGUGUCGUCUCGCGCUCGAAUGUGCUCAAACACCUGCACGAAAAGUGGGCUCCCGGCGUGCCCGUCGUCGUCGGCGACCUGAAAAAUGCGUCAACGCCCAUUGGGUUCUUGCGCGAAGAAAUGAUUAAGCACCAGGCGGAACAGUGGGCCGAGGAGAAGAAACUCCAUGAGAAGUUGAAAGGCAGCGGACUGAAGCUGACGUUGGGGUCCGAGGGGCAAGGUCAAGCAACCUUGGUGUAUGAAAGAUAUGGAGGAUUCUGGCAGGAUAAGGGCGCCGCAGAUCUCAUCGCAUCGGGCCGGAUACGCAUCAAGCAAGGCGUUCAGCCUGUCGCAUAUUCGUCGGAAGGCCUCGUCUUUGAAGACGGCUCCACACUGCCCGCGGACGUGGUUAUCUUAGCCACCGGAUAUCACAACAUACGCGAGACAAACAAGCAGAUCUUUGGUCCCGAAAUUGUCGCUCAGAUUAGUGAAGUGCACGGGCUUGAUGAAGAAGGCGAGCUACGAGGAACAUGCCGUCCAACCGGACAUCCUGGGCUUUGGUUUGCCGGAGGAGAUUUCUAUCACUCGCGGUUUAUGUCAAAGCAAUUGGGAAUUCUGAUUAAAGCUGGCGAACUCGGGCUGACCUCUCGGCGCACGCGCUGCUAUCUGUAAAGUUGUCUGUGCAUAAACUUCUCGUUGCGAUCUGGCUAUCUGCGCGAUGCUGUAUAGAGUGGCCGAUUCCCAGCCGUAACCAUGUUGUAUACGUCACCCGCAACAAUCUCCGAGUUUGUCAGCUCUAAGCUGCACCCUUUACGCCAUCGUCUCCUCCGCAAAAAAUUAGAUAGUUCUCUUAGAUAGAAGUGAGACUCAACUCAGGGACCGUCAAGGGAAAGGCGCGCACCUUGACUUGGGACCACGCAUUCACCAGAUCUUUCACUCGAGUGUCUAAGGAUACUUGGCACAAGGGACAUGUCGCACUCCUUCCGAUCUCCCUGAACCUGACGUCCAGUGUUAUUUCGGUGAUCUCUGCAAAAAUAAUUGGUCGAUGAGGAACAACGUUGGAGCA